UGGCUCAUUGACUGUAUAGGAAGUAUCCCUUCACCGCAUAUGCAUUCGUCCCAUCGGCGCAACGUUUCGGACACCUCUGGCUUCAGUAGCAAAGAUUUGGUCCAAUUAGUCAACACAGACAACACACUCCAUACCAGCAAUUCAUUGUCCUCUCAGAACACCUACACCGGGAGUAAGGGAUGGAAUCCAUUCGAGGAGGACUUCCGGCCCCAGACGACCGAUAUAUCGGUUGAUGACCAGACGUUUGGCCACGAAUUCGACAAAAUACGCAAAGGUUCCCAAAGCAGCAUAUCAAACGUGAAGAGUAGGGAAGAUCUAGUCAUGUCUUCGGCGACACCGGAAGCCGAUCCGUUCGGUUCGGCGCCAUUUGAUCCGCAAAAGAUGCGAAGACACAAAGAAAAGCAGGAUUUACUGAAACUAUCGUUAGACAAACCGCACGAUUUGAAUGAUUUUAAUUUAUUAUCCACUAAUACUAAUGCAAAUAAAGGUAUAUCAGUUCCGACUACUUAUAUGCCAUUGUAUUCCUCCGACGCCGAAGAGGGCGACGAUCCAAACAAUGGCAACUCUGGCCAUGAGUUGAGAUCACUGCCCGUUUCGAUACCACUCCGGAAUCGUAAGUCAUCGGAGACGUCGACCACUACAUCCCAGUCGACGGUGGCCUCCAAUGAGGGCUCCAUUCGGGCGAACCCUUUCGCGAAAGCCCCGGCAGAAGACCGCUCUAAAUACGAGAAGUUCUUCGACGCAGAUCCUGAUGACGAUCCCGAAUGCGAAGGGGAAAGGGAUUCAAUCGGUUCCGCAUCCGAUUUACGCGACUCGGAGGAGACGCCGGACGAUGGCAUCGAUGAGGACGAGGACGACGAAGACUUUGCACAAGAAGUGACGGCAAUUGAAAUCAAACUGAAAGAGCCGUCGCGUGGGUCCAAACCAAAGCCUACUUUGAUAUCCAGCGAUGACCUACUCAUUGGUCACGUGGACGGAGACAAACCGCUGCUGUGCGAGGAGGAGGACGACUCGUCGCCGCAAGUGAUACACAUCGCCGGCGCCAGUCAUCACAUGCCCUCACUGUCCACCCUAUCCAACGAUGUGUUCGCUUCGGCGCCCUUCAGAAAACCGCACUCAAAGGCCAAGAAAAAGAGCGAUAAGACUGAUAUGGAGUCCGAAGACAUCAGAUUAGUCGAGACGACCACUUCCGGCGAUGAGAUCGACGAAGAAGUGGCACGAAAUCUGAGGGCACAAGUAGUGAAGGACUCUAUGGUCGGCCCCAAAGACCUCUUUGGUUCCAAACCAUUCACUGAACAACAAUUAGUUACUUGUGAAGAUCAACACCAAAGCCAUCAAAAGCAAUACUAUAGCGAACAACAAGUAUCACAACAAAGCACUUCUUCUCAAAAGCCACUCAAUAAUGAACAACAGUUCCCGAGACUCGUUGCCCUCCCAUACCAACAAAGAAUGGUUACAAAUGAACAACAAAUACAACUUAAGACACAACAACAACAACCACCGCAACAAACAGAGCCCUCAAAGCCAUCUCAAGACCUGUUCGGUGCCAUUCCGUUCGCGAGUAACUCAACGGCCACUCAAGUGAUAGCACCGCUCCCACCGCCAAAUGUGGUGACACAGCGGCCGACUGUACCGCCAAAGACGACGAAAGUGUUGGCGGCCACCACUUCCCCCCCUAAGAAAGUGAUAGUCCAUCAAACGGCUACCGCUUCCAUACCGACUCAGUCAUCGGAGUCGACACUAUCCCCUCCGUCGCCCAUCAAAGCUGUCAAACCAAUUGUCAAAUCGAAACCAAAGUCAAAAGUGUUGUCCAAAACUGCGAAGAAGUACGAAGUGGAGGACGAUGACGACGAGAUCGACGGACUCAUCAGCUGCGAGAACGACGAGGAAGUGCUCGACACGAAGAAGUGGCGCAAAAAAGACAAAAAAGAAAAGUCUGAAAAGAAAGAGAAGACGAAAGAGAAGAGCGACAAAUCCAAAGAGAAAACCGAGAAAUCAAAGGAUAAGUCGGAGAAAGUGAAAGAAAAGGACAAAUCGAAAGACAAGAGCAAGAAGUCGAAAGAUAAGGAUAAGUCUAGACAUCAGGCGUUCGCCAACAUGUCGUUCGAGGACGUGACGGACGAUACG